CACGUGUGACAUUGUGAAGUUCAUUUCAAUUCCAAUGUUUUCAUCUUAUCUUAGUUCUGAGGCACAAGUUCUAUAGUCUCUGUUUUCUUCCUCUUCUCACUCAUAACGCUUUCUCAGGAGCCAAAGUCAAUUACAUGGUUAGAACUCAGAAGUGCUUCUUUGGUGGCUCUUCUUCAAGCAAUUGCUGUGUGUGAGACUGAUAAAUAAAAAGACUAAUGGUGGCCUCUGUUAGCGUGUAGUGCUCACAGAUUCUGUCAUGGUGAAUACUGAAAGUGGUGUUCUUUUAAGGCACAGAAGGUUUGAGAGCUUGUUGAAUACAAGAUCUAGCCAAAGUGUGGAAGAAACUCGAAAAGUUGCAGUGAAAGAUGGAGGAGUAGAAGAAACGACAAAGAAUGAUGAUGGGUGGGUUUCUGCAAUCAUAUCUUGGAUCAGAAUUGUGACAUGUUUUGUGUCUAUGAUGGUCACAACAUUCAUAUGGGCAUUGAUCAUGGUUGUGCUUAUACCAUGGCCCUACGAGAGGAUCCGACAAGGAAACAUCUAUGGACAUGUGACUGGUAGAAUGCUGAUGUGGAUUCUUGGUAAUCCUAUAAAGAUUGAAGGUGCUGAGUACUCUAACGAGAGAGCCAUUUACAUCAGUAAUCAUGCAUCUCCAAUAGACAUAUUUCUUAUAAUGUGGUUGACUCCUACAGGCACUGUUGGCAUUGCAAAGAAAGAGAUAAUAUGGUAUCCAUUAUUUGGGCAACUUUAUGUUUUGGCCAACCAUCUUCGUAUAGAUCGAUCCAACCCAAGUGCAGCUAUUGAGUCCAUGAAAGAGGCAGCUCGUGCAGUUUUGAAGAACAAUCUGUCCUUGAUCAUUUUCCCAGAGGGUACCAGGUCUAAGAAUGGACGACUACUUCCUUUCAAAAAAGGUUUUGUUCAUUUGGCACUGCAAUCGCGUCUUCCAAUUGUUCCAAUGGUUCUGACAGGUACUCAUCUAGCAUGGAGAAAAGGUAGUUUGCAUGUUAGACCAGCACCUCUCAGUGUGAAGUAUCUUCCACCUAUUACUACUGAAAAUUGGAAGGUUGAUAAGAUUGAUGACUAUGUUACAAUGAUACACAACAUGUAUGCUCAACACCUUCCUGUGACUCAGAAACCUCUUCCUUGAAAAGUUGCAGGGUUAGAAGAAUCAGAAUCAGAAUCAAUUUUAAGCUGAAGCAUGUCUUCCAAAAGGGAACUCUUGUUAAAUGCAAUAUGCAUAAAUUGGUUCUAACAAAUUAAAUAGCUAAAUCCUUGCAAAAAGCUUAGCUACCAUGUCUAAUUUAUUCUCAUGAUCUUAACUGAUGUUUGAAUUAACUGCUUUAAACUUCACUCGUCAAUGUUUACCGUUUCGAUCAUUUUGUGAAACUUGUAUGUUGUUCAAAUUUUGUGAAGAAUGCAAGCAUCACAGUAUUUAAGAUUUUCUGAUCAUUGUGAAUUUCAUGUGCCUACAGAACAGUAUUUAAAUUUAAUAUAUGUUUAUUUGUAUAUUA